AAAAAAUAUAUAUUUAUAUAAUACAAAUAUAAUUCAUAAGCAGGUGUUUUAUUUUUAAAAAAAGCAAGAUUUGAACCAGAAGGUGGCGUGGCAGGCAAGGAGACCAUAUUGCGCAGGGGCCAAGGGUUUUGCUUUUAAACACAUCUAUCAUUUCGCCGAAAUUUGAGCGGCUCCUCCUUCUCGCCUACAAAAGCGAACUCUCAACACGUUUUUGGACUUUCAUUUUCUAAAAUGAUUUACGAAAUACUAACCGCUGUGAUUUUUAUAGCGUUGUUACUUUUAUGUUAUUUGGUUUAUUCAGGACUUUUAACAAGUAUUGAAGUAAAGGUUGCUACGCCACCCAUCACCAGUGGAAAUUUCUUUUAUAAAUUUUAUCAGCAAAAUUACAGGAAAAGUGGAGAAGCUUUCCGUGGCUUAGAAAAGUUGCCAAUCAAAGAUAAGAUUCUCAUUGGGAUAUAUUAUGAUGACCCGGCUGUGACACCUAAAGACAAAACCAGAUCUGCAAUCGGAAUUUUCAUUUCUGAUGAAAAGAAUUGUGAUGAACUGAAAGAAACAAUGCAAGCUGUCGGGUUUUCGCAUGUCCACUUACCAGAAGUCCAAAAAGCAGUUUUAUCAUUUUUUCCCCAUAGAACAAUGUUUUCCAUCUUAAUUGCAAUUGCAAGAGUUUAUCCUCGUGUAAAGAAGUUUGUCAUGGAUAAAAAGUUGCAAGCACAUCCAUGUAUGGAAGUCUAUCAAGACAGUAAAAUGUAUUUUGUUUCUCCCCUGGAAGAAAGUGACAAAUUUUACGUGGACGAAUAUAAAUCCUCAUCGUUGUAAUACGAACUAUUGGAAAAGAAGGUGCCGGCAGAGUCUAGUGUUGUAUUAAGAGAACAAUAUAGUAUUUAUUUUUGUUUUGAAUUUUUAGAUUUUGAUUUUUCUUUUUUUAUGUUGUUGUGGUGGACAGCUAACUCUCCUUAAGAUUAAAGCUGCAAACCUAAUGCUUCAAAAAUACAACUCUUCGUGUAUAUCAAAAAUGUCAGGUUACGAGACUGCGAUGAGACGACAAAAGGCCCGUGACAAACGUAAACUAUUUUAGAAAGUACAUACAGUACAUAGUAGUGACUUUACCAAAGGUCAAAUCUGUGGUGGACGUGUAAAUAGAACCUAAUUUCAUCUUCUUCUGAUUUGGGUUAACUUUAUUUUUUCCUUUGUUAUUGAUUCGAAUUUUUCGUUUUCACAAACUUCUUGAAAAUUAUAAAAAACCUUUUGAGACAUUGCGGGGCAACAAUUUCGUUAAAAACAUUAAGUCUGUCUGAUUCUUUCCAGAAAGUACACUACACGUAGUAAAUGCUAUUUCUUAGGAUGUGAAUAACGCAGACAAAUUUUUUCAUCUUUGUUGCAGCAUUAUCUCGCAUCUUUUCACUAAGGUGAUUAUUUUGCAUUUUGUCGAUAAAUGUAUCAUUUCCUUUCCACUUUCUACCAGUAGACUUCCACCGAACCGUAUAAAAAAGAGAUAAGCGAGUCAACAAAUCUAAUUUAUUUAACGAAAGCUUCCGACCGUAACUUCGGCCAUCUUCAGUCAUAAUACGAGGUUGUUAACAUUUAACGCGUAAUUUAUAGAAAAUGUAACGUAAAAUGACUUCCUACUAUGGACAAGUCAUUACACUUCAGCAUACGCACGAAUGCUGUAUUCCUAGAAGAGUGAUUAAAGAAAAUUAUCAAAUAAGUACAAUGGAGGUGAUGAUAUAUUCCUAUUGAGAGCUAGUGUAUAAAUCAUGAGACUCUUGUUAAUUUUCUAAAGAAAAUUGUUUUGUGCUGAUGUUAUGACAAUGAAGUCGUUUAAACGACGCCAUACCACAAGAGAAUAGAUGACCUUUGACAGCCGUAGACUGAGUGCUGUUGACACGUUUACCCGUAACAAUUUUAACUAAAAGCCUUAAACCUAUCCUUUUGAAUUUGUCAAACACUUUUUCUUUAUACACAACAACAUAAUUAUCAAACGUAACAUGUUUCCAUCACAUAACCAAAUAAAUGCUUCUUCGUCACUAUCUCCAGCAGAGCGCAAGAAAACUUGCACGACUUUAGACUGGAUGCCUGCAGCAGACUUGUGGUGUGAUUAUUUGAUUGAUUCAUUUUUCAUAAUUUUAUAUUUUUCACUGUCCUAUUAUAUUUUUUUUCACACAAGCGUAGCAAGUUACCCUGAAGAAACAACUCACAAUAAUUUCUUCCGCAAUUAAUUUGUUUCCUCAUGUUAUUGUUUUCAAUGCUUUAUUUAUAUCAAAUUUACUAGAUUAAUUUAGAUAACUUGUUAGGAUAAAACUGGAUAAAAGUACCAAUGGAGAUAUGUAUUCAUAGAAAUGUUACGUUAAUCUGAUGCAAUGCACGUUAAUCUAAUGCAAUCGAUACAUCGAAAUAAAUACAUUUAUGUCAACUUAGGUAUCUAUUUUCAGGACCCGUUACCCUCUUAAGAGUGCUGUAUCAGUAUCCGUAGAAACACUACGCGAUUUCUUGAACUAUAACCACACUAAUUUGAACCAAUCUCUUACCAGGUGUAGGGAUUAGGGAUUUUAAUGUUCUGUUUUGUAGCUUUUCUCUAUCAAAUUUAGUCGGUCCUUUUUUGACAGGUAUGUUUUGCUGCAUUCUUCUUUUUCAGAUUUUUUCUCCAUAAGAUUUUUUUUUUUUUUUUUAAUUCACAUCUGCUCUUGAGCAAAAUUUUAAAGUACUCUCUGAAUUUUCACAACGCGAACAAAAACAACAAAAUCGAAAUAGACAGUCUUGUUGACAUCAGCAACAUUGUAUCCAACAGUAUGCACAAAGUUCACCGAGUACAGUCUAAGACAUUCGUGAAAUCGAACAAGCUAAGAUUAAUUCUAGGGGGAAAGAAUCAUUUUUUGUAAAUAUUUAUUGUACAUUUCUAGAGUAAAAAAAUUCACUCCUGGCGUGCAAUUGGAGGAAAGCCCAAAGCUUUCUCUCCAACUUCAUGUAGAAAUUUAAUUUUUUUUCUCUGUGUCUUUGUUGAAAAACGCUUUUCAGAACAAAAUUACAAGGUCACUUUUUCAUUAAUCAUAGGUCGAUGGCCAUUUCAAGUAUUUUGCCAGUUUUAUUAUUUUCAUUACGUUUCGUUUUAUAAAUUUUUUUUAUUACUAUUUUUUAUGCUACCUUAGGUUAGCCUUUUGAAUGAAAUUUUUUUUUAUAGCAUCAAAUAGAUCGAUGGCUAAUUUAAACGUUUUUGAUGUUGAUGCCUUUUUUUAAUAAUUUUUGUAUUAUAUACUAUUUUUAUGCAAGCUUAGAAUGACCUAAAAAAUUUGUUUUUGUGGAUCAGAACUUUUUAUUUUUGUGAAACCGAGUUCACGCUCAGCAUAAUCUAAAUACUUUUAUAUUUAUUUUUAUACUGUUUCGAUUGUAACGAUUUUUUCGUUAGUGUUACGAUUUGUUUCGAUUGUAACGAUUUUUUCGUUAGUGUUACGAUUUGUUUCGAUUGUUACGAUUUUUUCGUUAGUGUUACGAUUUGUUUCGAUUGUUACGAUUUUUUCGUUACUGUUACGAUUACGAAAUAUUGUAACAGUUUUACGGUUAAUUUCAACUGAUGUGUUUUGCUUUAGAUGUAUGUAUAUUUUUAAUUGGUUCGUUUCUCGUUAUAUCCAAGAACAAAAUAUUUAUGCUGACAUCAACUUAAUUUAUCAUCGUAUUCUUGUAUUUUUUAAGAAAACAGAAAGUCAGAAUUCUAAUUUCGCGAGUUUUCUAUU